UGGGUAUUCACUCACGGAUUUGCGCACAUGGAAGUGGUGUGGGAGCUAAAGUUCGACUGGGGCAAUUUCCCUUGGCGUCAAGUGACAUGUAUUAACAUCCAUGAAGAGACACACGGGCAUCGUUUGCUUCAACUACUGUGAGUUGUGGGAAGAGAAACUUUUGAGCGAUUGGAAGAGAGAAUGGUGUGGACAAACUUAUCUAAGGAUUAGGUCUGCUCAAAUGGUCUAGAAAACCAUUGAAGACCCGAGUAAUUUGCAACUUGAGGAAAUGAAUGGUAAAGCUACAGAUAUGCACGAGGC